GGGGAGGGGCAGAGAGAGGGGGAGACGUAGAAUCUGAAGUAGGCCCCAGGCUCCCAGUUAUCAGCUCCAAACCCGACGUGGAGCGCGAACCUGCCAGAUUAUGACCUGAGCCGAACUCAGAAGCCCAACUGACUGAGUCACCCAGCUGCCCCACUUUAACCAUUUUAGAUGUAAAUAGCCACAUCUGGCAAGUAGCCACCAUCUCGGACAAGACAGGUCUAAGACGCAAGAUCCUUCCCAAGGCCAGGACUUGGGAAUUUCAAGUGACGUUUGAAUAAAUUUCACCAGUCUAUAUGUUUCGCUCUUGGAUCCAGGGGUCUGAGCUGCCUGGGCUGCAAGCUGCUCUUUGCCGGCCUGACUUUUCCAGUGGUGGAUGAAUUAAAUCUGUCUGGGUCAAAUGUAAAGCUGUGGCCUGGAUCCCACACCUGGGGCACUUACAUGCCAAGCACUAAGGGACGUUGGGUUUGCCUAUCACAGAUGAACAAAUCCAGGAGAUGAAAUCAAACCUGGACAACAUCGACUUCAAGAUGGCAGCUGAGGAAGAGAAACAGUUACGACAUGAUGUGAUGGCUCACGUGCACACGUUUGGCCACUGCUGCCCAAAAGCUGCUGCUAUAAUUCACCUUGGAGCCACCUCCUGCUAUGUUGGAGAUAAUACAGACCUGAUUAUUCUCAGAAAUGCAUUUGACCUGCUUUUGCCAAAGCUUGCCAGAGUGAUUUCUCGGCUUGCUGACUUUGCUAAGGAACGAGCCAGCCUUCCUACCUUAGGUUUCACACAUUUCCAGCCUGCUCAGCUGACCACAGUUGGGAAACGUUGCUGUCUCUGGAUUCAGGAUCUUUGCAUGGACCUCCAGAAUUUGAAGCGUGUCCGAGAUGACCUGCGCUUCCGGGGAGUGAAAGGCACCACAGGCACUCAGGCCAGCUUCCUGCAGCUCUUCGAGGGAGAUGACCAGAAGGUAGAGCAGCUUGACAAGAUAGUGACAGAAAAGGCAGGAUUUAAAAGGGCUUUCAUCAUCACAGGGCAGACCUAUACACGAAAAGUGGAUAUUGAGGUGCUGUCUGUGCUGGCUAGCUUGGGGGCAUCCGUGCACAAGAUUUGUACCGACAUACGACUCCUGGCAAACCUCAAGGAGAUGGAGGAACCCUUUGAAAAACAGCAGAUUGGCUCAAGUGCGAUGCCAUACAAGCGGAACCCUAUGCGCUCCGAGCGCUGCUGUAGCCUUGCCCGUCACCUCAUGACCCUCAUCGUCGACCCGCUGCAGACGGCAUCUGUGCAGUGGUUCGAGCGCACGCUGGAUGAUAGUGCCAAUCGACGUAUCUGUUUGGCCGAGGCAUUUCUCACCGCAGAUACUAUAUUGAAUACGCUGCAGAACAUUUCUGAAGGAUUGGUGGUGUACCCCAAAGUAAUUGAACGGCGCAUUCGGCAAGAGCUGCCUUUCAUGGCCACAGAGAACAUCAUCAUGGCCAUGGUGAAAGCUGGGGGUAACCGCCAGGAUUGCCAUGAGAAAAUUAGAGUGCUUUCCCAGCAGGCAGCUGCUGUGGUCAAACAGGAGGGAGGUGACAAUGACCUCAUAGAGCGAAUCCAGGCUGAUGCCUACUUCAGUCCCAUUCAUUCCCAGUUGGACCGUCUGCUGGAUCCUUCUUCUUUUACAGGUCGUGCAUCUCAACAGGUGCAGAGAUUCUUGGAAGAGGAAGUAUAUCCCCUGCUGAAACCAUAUGAAAGUGUAAUGAAGGUGAAAGCAGAACUAUGUCUGUAGCGUUGGAAAAGGAUUAAACAUGAAGUCGUUGGCUUUGUUAACUUUUAUUGCCAAGUCAUGGAAACCAUUAGUUUAGUGCCUUAUUUUACCUUAGGACGUAUUACCUGAAAUUGAUACAGCACUUUCUUGUUGGUGUGGCGCUUUCCCAUUUCUCAGCGUUUACGAUGCAGGAAUAAAUUACGUUGAAUUGGA